CCCUUCCCGUGACCCGGCACUGAUUCCCCGUAAGGGCAGCUCAGCAUUACAUACGUGACACUUUUAAAUGUCCCUCCCGUCAAAUCGCGAAGUUUCUGGGUUACGUCUAGUGUGGUAAAGCGAUAAUCGGGACUUUCCCUGCUCGCCUGUCCCAGCUGGCUAUAUAAGCGCUCGGCUCAGUCGGAUGUUUCAGGUGUUGGACUCACAAAGAAAGCAAACAUGGUGUUGGCCGACCUGGGAAGGAAGAUCACCUCGGCGCUGCGAUCUCUCAGCAAUGCAACGAUCAUCAACGAGGAGGUUUUAAAUGCUAUGCUGAAAGAAGUAUGUGCUGCUCUGUUAGAAGCAGAUGUAAACGUCAAACUCACCUUCCAUCUCAGAGAAAAUGUCAAAGCUGCAAUUGAUUUUGAGGAAAUGGCCUCUGGCCUUAACAAAAGAAGAAUGAUUCAGCAUGCAGUUUUCAAAGAACUUGUAAAGCUUGUUGAUCCAGGAGUCAAAGCUUGGACUCCAACUAAAGGCAAAAGUAACAUCAUCAUGUUUGUCGGAUUGCAGGGUAGUGGAAAAACAACAACUUGCACAAAGCUUGCCUACUACUACCAAAAGAAAGGCUGGAAGACGUGUUUGAUCUGUGCAGAUACUUUCAGAGCAGGUGCUUUUGAUCAGCUGAAGCAAAAUGCAACAAAAGCCAGAAUUCCCUUUUAUGGCAGUUACACGGAAAUGGAUCCAGUGGUUAUUGCUAGUGAAGGUGUGGAAAAAUUCAAAAACGAAAACUUUGAAAUCAUCAUUGUUGAUACCAGUGGUCGUCAUAAACAAGAGGACUCGCUUUUUGAGGAAAUGCUUCAAGUGUCCAAUGCUGUGCAACCAGACAAUGUUGUAUAUGUGAUGGAUGCUUCUAUUGGUCAAGCUUGUGAGGCACAAGCCAAAGCUUUCAAGGAAAAAGUUGACGUAGCUUCUGUAAUUGUUACCAAGCUGGAUGGACAUGCCAAAGGUGGUGGUGCUCUCAGCGCUGUUGCUGCUACCAAAAGUCCAAUUAUUUUUAUUGGAACAGGGGAGCACAUUGAUGACUUUGAGCCCUUUAAAACACAACCAUUUAUCAGCAAACUUCUUGGAAUGGGAGACAUAGAAGGUUUGAUUGACAAAGUCAAUGAACUUAAACUUGAUGACAAUGAGGAACUGAUAGACAAGUUAAAACACGGCCAGUUUACAUUGAGAGAUAUGUACGAGCAGUUUCAAAAUAUUAUGAAAAUGGGACCUUUUAGCCAGAUUAUGGGAAUGAUCCCAGGAUUUGGAACAGACUUUAUGACAAAAGGUAAUGAGCAAGAAUCAAUGGCCAGGCUGAAAAAGUUGAUGACAAUAAUGGACAGCAUGAACGAUCAAGAGCUGGACAAUAAGGAUGGCGCCAAGCUCUUUAGUAAACAGCCAAACCGAAUUCAGAGAGUGGCCAGAGGAGCAGGAGUUUCCACUCGGGACGUACAAGAACUUUUGACUCAGUACACCAAAUUUGCUCAAAUGGUGAAAAAAAUGGGUGGUAUUAAGGGACUCUUUAAAGGAGGUGAUAUGUCAAAGAAUGUAAAUCCAUCACAAAUGGCAAAAUUAAAUCAACAGAUGGCCAAAAUGAUGGACCCCCGCGUUCUUCAUCACAUGGGUGGCAUGGCCGGCCUUCAGUCAAUGAUGAGACAGUUUCAGCAAGGAGCUGCUGGCAACAUGAAAGGAAUGAUGGGAUUCAACAACAUGUGAAAAAGCCUUUGGGGGGGUGGGAAAGACUACGCUUUUAUUUUUCUUUUUUGGUAAAAUGGGAAAAAGCCUGUUAUUUUUUUAGAGCUCUGUUCUAAAAAAUCACGGGUUUACAUCGAAUUCCUCUCUAGCCCCCACAAAGAAGCAACCUACCGCCAUUCUCAAACCAGGACAAAGUACCCAAAUGGAAAGACGCCCCCUUUAUUUUUGGUCAACUCCAGAAAAAACAAAUAGGAAAAGUCCUGUUUUGUGAUUUAGAGAAGGAGAAACCCCUGCCAUGACGGAGCGAACGCGUGUCCAGCCGCGUUUUUGUCUCAACUUCUCAAAGUGAUUCCCAUUCACCAAAGGAAAUCCUGGAUCAUUGCUCACCUGAGGACAUCUUCCUUAUUUUAAUUCUCGGACUUCAUCAGGUUAAGCGUCACCUGAGCAGUUGGAAGGUAAAACACAAAUCGCUAGUCGCCUGUGACUGCUGUGCAUCACUGUAAAUUACUUUUAGAACAUCCUUUUUGAAAAAUGUAAUCGUAAAAGUGAAACCUUCUUCUAUUUGUUUAAGCUUAUGAAAUUAUUUAAUAAUUAUAAAGUUUGCUGUAUGGCCAGCCUGUAAUUUGGAUCAUUUUUGUAAAUUUUUUUUUUU